UCACUUCGCUUCUUCUACUUCAGAUAACUGACUACCUUACCUGCCUAACGCUCUAAUAAUCACAUCAUCCAUUUGCUCAGACAAAUCAUCACCAUUCUGCCUUUCUCUUCGCUCUUAUUGUCUCCGUAGUGUAGCCAUCAGAAAACAACCACUCCACCAAUAACCAUCGAAUCCUUGCAUUGAACCAUUAACAAAUCCGGGGCCACAGACACACAGAUCUGCUCUUCUCUCUCGACCCCUGUUCCCGUCCUGUACCACCACAGUCGUUAUAUAGCAACGCCGAUAAUAAUCAACAAAAGCAAUCUGUCAUAGCAACCAGCUAUUACUGUAACCUCGUUUCUGCUCGAUUAGCACCUUUGAUCUCGCUGUCGAUUAUUGUGUUUCGACAAUAAUAGUCCAUCAUCCUAUUGUUACGACCGAUAUAUCGCACUCGAGAACUUCCCCCUCUAUUUACAUAGCUGGGACCUCCGCAACAAUCGCUGGGGACCAUAAUAACGAAUUCAUCCAACCCGACUGAAUACCACCUCAAUACGAACAUUUGCCUAGACUAUUCCUCCACCAUGCGAACCAUAGUCAAUUCAAUCCUGCGCCUAGCGCAAUUCUUCCUCGUCCUCAUCGCAACCGCCCUUCUCGGCAAUGUCCGCGCAAACUCAGCACACGCAGCCGCAGCCAUCAACUUCUCGAUAUUCGUAUGCGCCUUGGCCUGGGUCGCCGUGCUCUACGGUCUCGCCUCGAACUUCAUCUCUGCCGUAGCCAUGCCCAUCGUCUCGCUCGCGCUAGACGGCCUCUCUACACUCUUCACCUUCAUCGGCGCAGUAGUAUUAUCCGCCAAGCUGACUACUGUCAACUGCGCUCACCCGGGCUCAAGAUCACCCGGCUGGAUCGCCUAUGGCUCCGACAACACCCAGAAGCGCUGUCGCGAGAUCCAAGCCGGCCUUGUCUUCGUGUGGUUCCUGUUCGCCACCUUCGCCGCCACCCUGUUCCUUACAUUUAAGGAAUUCCGACGGGGCGGCGGGUCGGUAGGACGCCCAAGCAUGUCGCAGAUCGGCGUCUAGGGAAGCGUCGAUCGCGUUGACAAUGCCGACGGUGAAGCGCAGCACAACGGGACUGGACAUGUACGAGACUGGGAUUCACAAUAUUAGUGGGAGAGGGAGAUUAUCGGUCGGUCGUUCUCUUGGGCACCCCUGGGGAACUUCAUUUACGGGCGCUUUAUAAUGUAUAGGAU